AUGGAUCACAAUGUUGAACGUUACGAAAAACAGAGGAAGACUGCUAGACUACACGUGUUCGAGAGGAAGGUGCUACGAAAAAUAUACGAACCUAUUUAUGGUCGAGGCAUUCAAGUAUAUAGGAAAAGACAUAAUCAAGAACUCUUGGAUAUAUUCAAAAGAUCAAGUAUUGUGAACGAAAUUAAACAGAGUAAGUUAGAAUGAGCAGCCCACGCAUGUAAAAACAAAGUUCUAUGAUGCAAAGAGUGCUCCAAGAAAACCGAAGGAACAAAAGGUCAUUGAGUAGACCAAGGUUGUCAGAAAAGAUUUCCUAAAAGCUAGAGGAGAAAAUUAUGGACACUGGGACUGGAAGGCAGCAGCGGAGAAUAAAGAAGAUUUGUAAUAAGGCAAGAUAGUCCCAAAGGCGAGAAAAAUAAAUAAAAAAAAACGAGUAUGUAUAACGCUAUGCAUUGGUAUAAAAAUCAAGAUAAAACUAUAUUAUCUAUACAUAUUAAGAAAACUAUGUAGUUUUAUACGAUUUUCUAGUGCUCCAUAGCCCUAAACCUAAAUUGAUUUCAAUUUAAAAAUUAUAAGCGUACGUGUUUUUUCCGUGGAUCAUGUAAAAGUAACAAAACGUGUACAAAUAUAUAGUGAUGUUUUGUUUGUAAACACUGUGAAAACACGGUGUUAGCAAAUGGCAACGUUUCACUCAUUUCGCACGGAAUCGUACUAGAUUAAGGGUUAGGUAGUAAAAUUUUAAGCGGUAUCGUAAACGGGUGGAAUCGUAAGUACCUACGACGUUAUUGUGUUGUAACAAACUUGCGUGUUAUAAGUAAUAUUCACGUAACAAUGUUAUAGUUUUUUGUUUUCCAGCCGUAAUAUGAAAUCGAAUAAAAUGAACAAUUGAAAAUAUUUUAUACCGACCCGAGCUAAGCGAAACAACUGCUGUAGUUAAUGUAGGUAUUUAAGACUCCAGGGUUUAUAUUUUUUUUUUAGAAUUUUAUUUUAUUUUUUUUCAAAUUAAAUUCGAAUUUUAGUAGGUAUAUUAUUAUUUACGUUCGCGAUGUAGGUAAUAGCUACUCAUAAAAUGUACAAAUUGUACAAAUUAAUGUCUCCAAUGUCUUGUAUUUUAUACUAACCGGCUUAUGUAGCCAUAUAGGUGUUUAACGAUCCAACAUUCCGCAACUCGUCUGCCAUUAUACCGUUAGAAUUGGUAUUAGGUACCUAUACUGUAUUAUUAUAAUGUAUAUAUAUUACAUAUGCAUUUGAAGGAGUGGUAUAGGAGAAGAGAUUUCUAUGAAAUACACUCGGCAAGAAGAACCUUCUGGAUAAAUAAUAAUAAUAUGAAACCUUCGGCCACAAAAAAAAAAAAUAAAAAAAAAAAAGAAAGAUCUACUUUUAAAUAGACUAUAACUACUAUAUAUGUUUAUACAAAUAAAUUCCGCGCGAACUCUAAACACCGAUUGGAUGUUAUUGAAAAAAAUAAAAUAAUAACAAUAAUUUAGAUUCUACGGAUUCUAAUCGUUCGGUAGUAAACGGGUGUUAUUCGCGGAUCGGUGCUGAUUCAAUUAGCGCCGCAACAGAGUAUGCAGCACAGCAGCUAAUGUUGGUAUAUAAAAUGGUAAUCGAUAAAACCGUGCUAUGA